UUGGCAGUAAGUAACGGGAGACUCGGUGUCUGGCAGAGGAGGAGUUUCUACAUAUAGAGGUAGAAACGAGUCGCGAAACGAUUCAGUCUCGUCGAAGCCACGCGACAUUCGGUGCCGAAUCGCGGAAGUAAAACCGUCUCUGUUCUCGUCCAGGUGUGACGGUAGCCGUUUCCAACGUGGUGGCCGCAUCAAGGGAAGGUGGUGCACCACGUGUUUCCAAUCUGCGGCGCCCCAUGCGAGGGAGGAGGCUGCGAGAUAAAUUAACCCCUUUGGCCGAUCUCCAGAUCGCUUAAGAUUCGACAAGCAAACUCGAUCGACAUGGAACCAGCUGGAAUCUCGAUAAUACAGACGGGUGGAAUCGCGGACAAUGCGGGUGGAAAAUCGAAAGACCUUGGCAUUACGUUCAAUCCGAGCUCGAGCAUACAGGCUGCAAAGGAAAAGAUCGUGACACCAUGCUUGAACAGUUUGACAGAUGAAACUGUCAGCGGUUGGGAAAUAUUUACCAUUGCCCUUAGUGAGACAAUUGGCACCGCCAUUUUGGUAUUUAUAGGAUGUGCAGGCUGCAUUGGGAGUUUGGGGAUUAAUCCUUCAGUAUUACAAAUCUCUUUAACAUUUGGACUAGCUGUCUUGAUAGCUAUACAGAGCAUUGGACAUAUCAGUGGUGCACACAUAAAUCCCUCUAUAACAAUAGCAGCACUGAUCUUAGGGAAAAAAUCUUUAUAUAUGUCAAUCUUGUAUAUUAUUGCCCAAUGUAUUGGUGGAGUGUUAGGCUAUGGUCUUCUUAAGGUGAUAACUCCAGUGAAUCUAAUGUACACCACUUCUCCAGACACAGCAUCGUCCUUCUGCAUGACUGACAUCCACAAAAAUCUGAACAUAUUUCAGGGUAUAAUGGCAGAAUUCGUAGCAACCUUGAUUUUGGUUUUAUUCGCGUGUGGUUUAUGGGACGAUAGGAACUCGAAGAACACAGAUUCGGUGCCCAUAAGAUUUGGUUUCUGUAUCACGGUACUUUGCUUAAUUUUUAUCCCCUAUACCGGAUGCAGCUUGAAUCCAGCAAGGACAUUGGGCCCAGCCAUAUGGAAUGGCUAUUGGAGAAAUCAUUGGGUCUAUUGGUUAGGUCCAAUCUGUGGCGCAACUGCAGCGUCGCUGAUAUAUCGAUAUAUAUUUCUACACAAGAGAACUGAGACUGAUUUUGAACAAAGAGAAUAGGAACAAAAAGUAAUAAUGCGAGCAAAAUCGCAUUUCGAUAGUCCAUGUUCGCAAUUCGAGCGAGAAAUCUUAAUCGUAUUGCACAAAGCGGAAGUGAAGGAUUGAAAUAGUCUCGAGGAGGAGUUCUCGGUUGCGUAGACUGAUUUUUUUCUCUUUCCAUCGCUGUUUUUUCUUAUAUUUUCUUUUCUCACGAAAACUUGUUACACGUAAAAUUAAUCGUGGAAUUUAGAUUAUGUGCGAAUCAACAAAUAAUACGAUUUCGACGAAAGAAUACCAAAAAGUAGUAUGAGUGGCAGAGCGAUUAAAAAUUGUAAAAUAUUUUUUGAAAGAAAAUAUUAUGUAUAUAAUAUUUAAGAUAAAUCAUCGAUAAAU